AUGGCUGACGAGAUUUCCGACGACCGCCCCAGUCCGGCGGACAAGACGGUCCUGAGCAACUCGGAAUUGGAUUCCGAGAAGCAGGCGCUCAGGAGCAAGGAUGCUGACGCUGCGCUGGAAUUCCUAUAUGCCGAGGAGACCACAAUAAUGACAGAUGUGGAUGAGAAGAAGCUGGUCCGCAAAAUAGACUGGCGCAUCGUGCCACUGAUGUGGGCCUGUUACAACCUCCAAUAUCUCGACAAGACCUUAGUCAAUUAUGCCAAUGUUAUGGGACUCAAAGAAGACACAAGCAUCACCACCGACCAAUUCUCCCAGCUCGCGCUCGUGUUCUACGUGACCUACCUCGCAUUCGAGUUUCCCACAGGAUAUCUCAUGCAGCGCCUUCCUACAGCAAAGUACCUUGGCGCCAACGUCAUCCUUUGGGGACUGAUGACCGCUCUCGUAUCCACUGCAAAGAACUGGGCCGGGCUGGUCACUCUCCGGGUCCUUCUGGGUUGUUUUGAGUCCGCUGUCGCUCCCGCCCUUAUCCUGAUAACAACUAUGUGGUAUAAGAAGAGCGAACAGCCUCCGCGUAUGGGUCUCUGGUAUGUCGGCACCGGAACAGGUACGAUCAUCGGCGCGCUGGCAUCCUUCGGCUUCCAGCACUACACCAGCAAAGCAUUCACGAGCUGGCAAAUCAUGUUCUUGGUAUUCGGGCUGAUCACGAUGGCGGUUGGUGUAUUGGUCAUGUGGAUCGUGCCGGACAAUCCAAUGAAAUCGAAGUUCUUAACGCACGAUGAAAAGAUCUGGGCCAUCGAGAGGUUGCGCGAGAACAAGACGGGCAUCGAGAAUAAACAUUUCAAAGCUUACCAAGCCUUGGAAUGCUUCAAGGACCCGCAGACUUGGCUCAUCAGUCUCAUCACUAUCUCAUCCAAUGUGCCCAACGGAGCCGUCUCCUCCUACCAGGCGACCAUCAUCAAGAGCUUCGGCUAUACCUCCAAGGAGACGGCAUUACUUUCCAUCCCCUCGGGUGUUGUCAGCGCGAUCUCUGUCCUCAGUGCGACGUACAUGGCCGGCCGUUUCAACCUGCGAGGUCCGAUCAUUAUUGGAUAUCUCCUGCUCGGCGGUGUUAUCGGCGGCUGUCUCCUGGCCUUUACUGCCAACGACAACAAGGGGGCCAAGUUGGCUGGAAACUAUCUUACUAACGUUAUCGGGGCGAGCUUGCCGUUGCUGUACUCGUAUUCCGGCGCGAACUAUUCUGGCCAUACCAAGAAAGUAACCAUGAAUGCGGUUCUUCUAAUGUCUUUUUGCCUCGGGAACAUCAUUGGGCCUCUGACAUUCAGAGGCAAGGAUGCACCCGACUACAUCCCCGCAAAGAUCGCGAUAGUCGUUACCGCUGCAUUUGCUUGUUGCAUGACAGCCCUCUUAAUGGCGUACUACACGUACGAGAAUAGACGCAGAGAGAGUCUCAUGGCUGGAGUUGAGCAUCAGGAGAACAGCGAGUUUCUUGACCUCACGGACAAGGAGAAUCUGGAGUUUCGGUACCGACCAUAG